UCACCUCACAAUGGCCGGUGCUAAUGAGAACAUUAAAAUAUGGAAAACUAAGAAACUUAUAAAGGAUUUUGAAGCUGCACGCGGUAAUGGUACUAGCAUGAUUUCUCUUAUUAUGCAUCCAUUUGAUGAAAUACCUAGGGUCAGAAAAAUGCUUGGAGUCGAAUUCAGGAAUGCUUUCGACUUAGAAAAAAAAAGAGGAGUGAAUCAACAAUCUGUUUUGGAUGCAAUCACAUCGGCCCAACAAAGACUCAGGCUCUACAACAAGGUUCCUCCAAAUGGGCUUGUCCUUUAUACUGGAACCAUUGUGACUGAUGAAGGAAAGGAAAAGAAGGUCGCCAUUGAUUUUGAGCCUUUUCGGCACAUCAAAGCAUCCUUUUAUCGUUUAGAUAACAAAUUCCACACUGAAGCGUUGACUAAACUGCUAGAGUCUGUUGACAAAUUUGGUUUUAUAAUUAUGGAUGGAAAUGGGACUCUGUUUGGAACUUUGAGCGGUAAUACUCGAGAAGUACUUCACCAAUUCAGUGCGGAUCUCCCAAGGAUAUAUGGAAGAGGAGGGCAAUCCGCUUUAAGAUUUGAUCAUUUACAAGUGGAGAUGAGACAUAACUAUUUGAAGAAGACUGCUGAGCUGGCAACACGACUCUAUAUCAAUCGUCGGCCUAUUGUUUCAGGACUGAUACUCGCUGGGUCCGAUGACUUCAAGACCGAGCUUAGUAAAUCUAAGAUGUUUGACCCGCGUCUCAAGGCAAGAAUCUUGAAUCUGGUUGAUGUUUCUUAUGGAGGUGAAAACGGGUUUAAUCAAGCAAUAGAGCUAUCAGCUGAAUUCCUUGCAAAUGUUAAAGUUAUACAAGAAAAGCGCUUGCUACGUAAGUACUUUAACAAAAUCUGUCAAGAUACCGGGAAAUGUUCUUUAGGUGUGCGUAACACGUUGAAGGGUCUUAAGAUGGGUGCAGUUGAUAUACUCAUAGUUUGGGAAAAUCUUGAUUUUAACAGGUUUACUCUUAAGAAUAACACAACAGGUGAAGUGAUUAUAAAACAUUUGAACAAGGAGCAAGAGGGUGAUCAGGAAAACUUUAGAGAUCCAACUACAAACGCCGAAUUAGAAGUUCAGGAAAAGAUGUCUUUGCUUGAGUGGUUUGUUAAUGAAUACAGAAACUUUGGUUGCACACUUGAGUUGGUUACUGAUAAAUCAGAAGAGGGAUCUCAGUUUUGCACUAGUUUUGGUGGAAUAGGGGGAAUCCUUCGUUACCAGCUGGAUAUUGUAGCUGAUGAUGAGCUGAAUGCAUAGCAAUCCAUAAUCCUAUACCUGCUGGUGCCGGAAAUGAACCUGCACCAGGCCCGAGUUCUCGCAGAUGCUGCUGGUGAUUCUGUAUUAUUCAAAAUGGACUACGUGUUGAGCUGUUGGAGAAAAGUUAUGUAAACCGAAGAGGUGUUGAUCCUGUUUGUCUGUGGAACUGCAAAACAGGCUGGACUCGUUUAGCUCCAUUCCAUACUUUUCAUGGCUUUCUGAAAGAUUUUUUUUUUGAUGUGCUGAUAAUGUUAGGCAAACAGCCAACCAUAUGAUGUUGAGUUUAUUUUGUUUGCUGAUGAUAAAUUUGCUACGGUGUGGACAAUCUAAACAUGAAUUGACUCUGUACUUGUAGAGUGCAUCUUAAUGCUAUCCGUCUUUCCUUACUC